AUGAGACGAGGACAUACCUCACUCUUCUGCAGAUCCUCCAAUAUUGCAAAUGCUUUUCCCGGCCAGCAUACAGUGGAAAGUGAUGUAAUCUGGAGCCACACCACAAGAAAUCAUCUCAUUGAGAAGGUCUUGAGCGGCAUCGAGAUCACCCACUUGACAAAACCCAUGAAUCAAAGUAGUCCUCGGAGACCUUUCUUUCUUUGACAAAUGCAUUGAUCAAUGCACUGAAAGUAACAAUAUCAGGAUUGAUUUGCUUUUCAAUCAUAUGACGCAACAAUUGGUCGGCAUCACUCCAUCUACCAGAGUGACAAAAAGAGUCUAUCAUACAAUUGUAAGUGAGAACAUUGGGAAAAAUACCUUUCUCAUGCAUUUCAGUGAAAAGGUUUUGAGCAUUGAUGUGGUUCCCGUCCUUGCAAAGGCGAUCAACGAUGGCAGUAGAGAUUACAACAUCGGCUUUGAUGUGGCUUUGCCCCAUCUUCCUAAGCAGAUUCAAAGCCGAGACAACCAAUCUUACACAAUCCAUUUACAAUUGUUCCGUAAGUAACCGCGUUAGGUUGAUGACCUUCUUCUACCAUCCGAUCAACAAGAGCUAGCGCUUCAAGAACUCGACCCUCACGACAAAGACUGUUCAUCAGUGUGUUGAAGGUGACAACAUUGGGUCUACAUCCAGUUUCGCCUGAUUUUUUGUUUUUCUUCUCGAUAUCUCUCUUUUCUUUUUUUCACACUUCUCGAUCUCUCUAAC